AUGGAUGAAUCUGUUCGCGUUGUUGCUAAAAAUCUUCUUCAAAGAGCUGAAGAAUAUAAAAGUUCCGUCGAAGGAAUAAUUAAACGUUACAAUGAAAGACUACAACAAACUGAAGGUGAACUCAAAGAUAUUUUGGAUCAACUGGAUAAACAACAAAAUUUAAACAAAGAAGCGGUUGGCAUUAUUGCAAAAGUAAAUGAAGAGAUUAAAUCGUUAGAAACAGAAAAUUGCACGCUAGAGGAGUCGUUGAGCGAUUUAAAGAGCGAGCUGAUCAUAACGAAAGGAAAAUUGCAAGAAGUCGAAGUAACAAGAAGUACUUUGGAACAAGAACUGGAAAUGGAAAAGGAAUCAAAUACUGCGUUAGCGCAUAAAUUUCGUGAGGCCCACGAAAAAAUUGCUGAAAUUGAAAAAUUAACGCAUAAAGUUAGUUCAUUAGAACAACAAAAUCAGUCUUACAGUAAAGAGUGUCAAAUAUACAAAGAAAAAGUCAAUGAGUAUGAGAAAGAGUUAAACGAUUUGAAUACACUUAAUAAAAGUUUUUCAGAACAAUGCGAACGAUACGAAGAUUUAUUCAUGAAAUACAAGAUUUUGGAAUACCGAAACAUACAAUUAGAGAAAAAUAAAGACUUAACCAACUUCCAAAUACCUCAAGAAGCGACCACGAAUGAACUCAAAGUAGAAGGUUAUUCACCAUACCAUUCUCUCGCUAGUGAUUUACAAACGGGUGUUAUUGACGAUUUUGCUACAUUAGAAGAUGACGAUCUAAAAGAAGACGAGUUUAGUAAAAUCAUCAACGAUCAAACACGAAAAAUUAGAGAUAUGAUUGAAAUGAAGGAGAAAAACUUAGAUGUUAUCAAACAUAGGUUACGUAAUGUCACAUUCAUGAUUCAAAAAAAUGAAAAUGAUGAUAAUGUCUAUAAGAACGAUGAUAUAAAAAACUUGAAAAAUUAA